AUGGAUAACUAUUACAAAGAACCAUCAGCAGCAACCGCCUCUGGAAACCUACCAGCUGCCGAUCAGACCAACGAUUACCAGAUGAAGGUAAAGAAAAGCAAAAGCGUUCCAAACGCUGACCGUGGGGCGUCAAGAAGCUGGAGUUUCAGCGAUCCAGAAUCGAGGAGGAAGAGAAGAGUCGCUGGCUAUAAGGUUUACUCAGUUGAACAGAAGAUGAAAGGAUCCAUUAGAAAAAGCUUCAAAUGGUUCAAAGACAUUAUCGGUAUUUCUUCAAAAUAGAUUCUCCACUCUCUUUCUUUCUCUUUAUAUAUAAAAGUAUAUGAAUCUCUUUUUGCUGAGUGUAUGUUAAUGUUAUAUACCUGUAACAAAUACAUGAAACAAAAUUGAAUUUUCUUUCA